AUGUGGCCUCCAGUCGCAGAAGAUCAUUGCAAUUACAGUUACCAAGAGCAUGCGGCUCUAAACCCACAUGAUCACUACCAUCAUCACCAUUAUCCACAUUCAUCAGCGCAUCACUUGGAAUGCUACCAAACUCUUUCUUGCCCAUCGGAUCUUCCAGUCGAAACUUCCUACUACAACACCAUUCCACCAACAUAUCAAGAUCUCGGACAAACGGACUUGAGUCCGCAAUUCUGGUGCGCUGAAGUGGAUUGCGCUCACGAAAGAUGUGCCAAGAAAGAUAUUCCACACGAGCAAUCCAAGAUUUUUGAAGAGAUCUCAAAGGAGUGUGAUCACAUUCUGAACAAUUCAGAGGAGUGUGACAAGUGCAAAAUAAUCCAACAUGAAGACGGUGCUCAAGAAGCAAUUCCAAUCAAUGAUCUCGUGGAUAUUGUCAUGCAAACUGUCGAUAAUUUGAAGAAGAAUGAACCUUCCCAGGAAGAGACCAAAAUGCUUUCUCGUAAACGAGAGCAAAACAAAGUGGCUGCUGCUCGUUAUCGUGACAAACAGAAGGCAAAAUGGCAGGAUCUUCUGGAUAAAAGAGAGGUCGAAGAGAAAAGGAACGUUCGUCUCAAGAAGCAAGUUGAGAAGCUCGAGAAGGAAGUUGCUGAAGCAAGACAAGCAUUCCUCCAGAAGGUGACCCAAAAAUGA